AUGGAUGAUUCAGAGGACCGGAGGCGCUCCCUGGAGACCGUCUCUGAUUCAGAAAGUGCUAGAGGGACAAUAGUUCUCUAUCACUCCACGUCUUCGUCUGUAUCCGAACAGGAAUCAGAGGCUGCGGAAAAAGUUGAACUUAUCGCGCCAGAUCCCAGGAUUGAGUCCAAGUACAAGAAAUCACGAGCAAAGAAGGACAAAUUGAAACGCGUCUUAAAAUCCAUCUACGAUAUCAACCCCGACCCUCGCGUCCCAUCUCGAAGACAGCUUUCGAACCAAUUUUGGGAAACCCGAUUUGAAAAAAACAAAGUCUUUCAAAAUAAUCCAGACUAUAUUUUCGAGAGCGAUGGAGAGUCUGAUGAUGAGGAAGCAAUGCGCCGUCCUCGUGGUCCGCGUCGUGGGAGAGGGUCCAGAUACUACAAAAAGAUUCAUGGAAUGAGACCCACUUUACGAACCUACGUUGUUGACGAGGAUGGAGAGAAAUACUGGUAUCUCGAUAAGCAGGGAAGAAUUAUCAGGUGCAUGUUUAACUGCUGUGAGGGUUUCGUUGGGGAAAUCCGAAUCUAUACCUUUUUCCUCCUUUCUAUGUUUUAUCUCGGCUGUUGGAUCCUAUUCUACACCGCUCAUGCCGCUUCUUGGGGUAAUCGCGUCAAACCAUUCCUGGUUGGCUCUUGGACUGAGGUCCACACAUACCCAUAUGGAGGGCCCACAGUUACUCGUACCAUUACAGGGCACAUCGUAACUUACGGAACUCCACGUCGAUACACCGCUACGACUACUACGGCUCCUGAUUAUGAGCCUAUUAAAACACCGGAUAUCGGGGUUUGGUAUUAG